CGCCCGUCUGCUUGUUUGGAGGUGCGAUGAUGCUCCACGCGCUUCACGGUUUUAACAGAUGUAACCAGCAUGCCAACCAAGGGGGAACAUGACAGCGCACAGCCGAGAAAAGCUUUCCCCUCCCUUGUGUUUCUCUGUCCUCUUUGGUCCGGGAAGAGGAGUUUUCUGCUACGCCGUGCUGGUUUUGGUCUGCGUCCUGUGCUAUAGUAACUCAAUACGGGGGGAGUUCGUGCACGACGAUGUGUGGGCUAUCCUUAACAACCCAGAUGUUAGACCGGGGUCCAGCUUGCGGAACAUCUUUUUCAACGACUUCUGGGGGAAGCGGAUGGCCGAUAACACGAGCCAUAAAUCCUACAGACCCCUAUGCAUCCUCACGUUCAAGUUGAAUAUCGCUCUGGCUGGAAUGACUGCUCUGCACUUCCAUGUUGUGAACGUGUGCCUGCACUGUGCUGUGAGCAGCCUGCUCAUGUAUGUGUGUGAGAGGUGCGUGUUCGAUGACAGUCGGCUGGCCUUCCUCUCCUCCCUGCUGUUUGCGGUGCACCCCAUCCACACUGAGGCUGUAUCAGGGAUUGUCGGCAGGGCAGAUGUCUUGGCCUGUAUGUUGUUCCUCCUGGCAUUUCUCUCCUAUAUUAGGAGUGUUGGGGAGGGUUACUCGGGGGAAAGUGCGCCCCCUACAGUCUCGUCCUGGUCUCUGCUGCUCAGCCUGCUGUUGGGGACCUGUGCAAUGCUGGUGAAGGAAACCGGGAUCACCGUGUUUGGAGUGUGUGUUCUGUACGAUGGCCUGGUACUGAGCCACAAACCCCUCACAUUGUUGCUGAUGGGUGGCAGGGCGAGAGACCUCCCAAAACUCUUUGGUCCAUUUGCCAGGCGCAGCUGUGUGGUCUCUCUCUAUGUGGCAGUCAUCAUGUCCUUCCGUAUCUGGGUGAUGGGCGGCUCCAUGCCCCUUUUCUCUGAGCAAGACAAUCCAGCCUCCUUCUGCCCUCACCUUCUCACCAGGUUCCUCACCUACUUGUAUCUGUUGGCCUUUAACGCUGGCCUGCUGCUGGCCCCCAUCACGCUGUGCUAUGACUGGCAGGUGGGCAGCAUCCCACUGGUGGAGUCCCUGUGGGAUGUGCGCAACAUCGCCACCCUGCUGCUGGGGGUGGUAAUGAUCUGCUUGUGCCUAUACUGCCUGACAAAUCUGCAGGGCUCACAGAAGCGGGAGGUGUUGGUUGGGCUGCUGUUCCUGGUGUUUCCCUUCAUCCCAGCCAGCAACCUGUUCUUCCGCGUGGGCUUUGUGGUGGCUGAGCGAAUCCUGUACAUGCCCAGUAUGGGGUACUGUAUCCUGGUGGUGCAGGGGAUGAACAGGCUGUGUUCGUUGAUUGGUCGGUGGGGCUCCACGGCCCUCACUGUCUCCAUGCUGCUGCUCCUGCUGCUCUUCUCCUGGAAGACAGUCCAGCAGAAUGAGGUGUGGCUCUCCCGUGAGGCACUGUUCAGAUCUGGCAUCCAGACCCUGCCUCACAAUGCCAAGGUUCACUACAACUAUGCCAACUUCCUGAAAGACCAGGGCCGCAAUGCCGAAGCCAUCCACCACUACAAGACCGCACUGCGGCUGUACCCACAGCAUGCUAGUGCCAUGAAUAAUCUGGGCACUCUAACGCACCACGCAGAGGAGGCAGAGGAGCACUACAGGAGGGCUCUGGAGACUAACCCCCAGCACAACAGAGCCCUGUUCAAUCUGGGCAACCUGCUAAAGUCUCAGGGGAAGGAGGAAGAGGCGGAGCGACUGCUGAGAGACUCCAUUCUUUUUGGCCGACACUUUGCUGAUGCGUACUCCAGCCUGGCUUCCCUUUUUGCUGAGCAGAAGCGGUUUGCUGAAGCCAAUGACAUCUACCUGCAGGGUAUUGAGAACUGCCCAGACAGUUCCGAUCUGCACAAUAAUUAUGGAGUGUUUCUGGUGGACACAGGUGACAGUGAGAGGGCGGCUGUGCACUACCAGAAUGCCGUGCGUCUCAAACCCACACACUACGUUGCCAUGGUGAAUCUGGGUCGCCUGCUGCGCUCCUCCACUGAGAACAAGGAGGCGGAGUCCUGGUACAAGAGGGCGCUGCAGGUGGUGCGGAAGGUGGAGAUCCUGACCCCGCUGGGGGCGCUGUAUUACAACACGGGCCGCUACGAGGAGGCCCUGCAGGUGUACCGCGAGGCAGCUGCCCUGCAGCCUGACAGCGCCAACAUCUGGCUGGCCCUGGCCCAAGUCCUCGCCAUGGCAGGUCGAACCAAAGAAGCGGAGAAAAUGACGUUCGGGAUCCUGUCGAAAAACGCAGGCUGCAUUGAGUGCCACCGCCUCCUGUCUGCCAUUUACAGCAAAAGAGGGAAUCAUAAUGAGGCUCUGCAGGCUCUAGAGAAAGCUCUGCAGCUGACCCCCAGUGAUGAGGCAGUCCUGGCUGAGCUGCACUUCUCCAAAGGAAACCAGCUGAGAGAGAUGAACCUGCUGGACCAUGCUUUCCAGAGCUACAGGCUAGCUGUGGAGCUCAAUCCUGACCAGUCACAGGCAUGGAUGAAUAUGGGAGGAAUUCAACACAUGAAGGGAGACUACCCCUCCGCCCGGCUGUACUACCAGCAGGCUCUGCAGCUCUCUCCAGGGUCCAAACUGCUGAAGGAGAACCUGGCUAAACUGGACCGGCUGGAGAGGAGGCGUGGUGGGAAGGAGGGAAGGGGCGGGACUAGGGCUGGGGGUGGGAUGAGAGGAGCGCACUGGGGGUCAGAGGCUAUGGGGGUGGUGUCAGCCACUUAGUGGGGUACAAGGUGGAGUGGAGUUGUUUAAGCAGGUGUGUGUGUGUGUGUGUGUGUGGCGGGGGGGGGGGAGGUAUGAGUGGGUUUUUUUUUUUUUGGUUGGUGAUGGAGUCUGACUUAUUGGAGUGUGUUUGGAGUCGAGCAGGGCAUUGUGAGGGGUGGGGUUCAUUACCAGGACCUCCAUUGCCUGACCAAAUCCGGGAGUUCUUCCUCUUGUGUCCUGAAUAAGCUUCAAACAGACUCUACUUUGUAACCUUCAUCACUUCAAUUCUGCUGCACCUUGGAAAUAUGGAUCUCCUUUACUGAGGUCUCUCCUGUACUCAGCUCUUUACCAAAAACAUGACAGAGGUGAGAGUUGGGUUCUGCCAUCUUAAACUACAUGCUUUUCUAUAACACAGACGAGCUUACCUGUACCACAAACAUGCUUACCUAUACCACAGGCAAGCUUACCUGUACCACAAGCAUGCUUACCUUACCAAUACCACACGCUUGCUUACAUAUACCACAAUUGUACUGAACACCAGCAUACCUCUGGAGAAAUUUGACACACUCAUGUAACUGCAUCUUUCGAUCUAACUUUCUAUCAUGAGUCAUACGUACCCAUAACUGGCCACGGUUAUGAACCACUUUGCUAUAGAAACCGCCAAAUUGAUUUUAUUAUUAUUAAUAAUAAUAAUAAUAAUAAUAAUAAUAAUAAUAAUAAUAAUACUUUUAUUUUAUAUAGUGCUUUUCAUAGUCUCAAAGACGCUUUACAAUACAUGAAUUAUCAGGAAAAAAAAGAAGAAAAAAAGAUUUAGCAAUUUGGCAAUUUAGAAUGGGACAUUCUGUGAAUAUAUUAUGCGUCAUCGUGUCAUAAAACCUGCUGUUGGCAGUGAGCAGGUACACCAGCAUUCUCAGGACCAUCAGAGCGAAGCGCAGUCGUUUUUCUGUACCGAGCCCCACCUGCUUCUUCACCCAAGCUUAGUGAUUAUGCUGCAUUUCACUUAGACCUCAGAAUACAGUGUAAAUACAGAGUCCUGUAGCUCUGGGCCAACUGUAAUGGACCUGAAGCACUGGGCUAAUUAUAGUCAUCCCACUGAGGUUACUUUGAUUUGGAUUUUUUUUUUUCAGCAUAUCUGGUGUUACAAUGCUUUGAAUGUUAUUUAUGAAAGUUUAAUUUUUUAUGCUCAUGAAAAUCAUUAAAGAAUAAUAUCAUGACUGUAAAUAUUUUAUUAUCAUUAUUUAUGGAUAAAGUUCUAUUUUUCUUUGUCUUUGGAUUAUUUUGUACUGGCAUGCAAGGUUUUGAUGAAUUGCAUUGACGUUCAGAAGUUAAAAAGUGUAAUCAGAUUUUAUUUAUUUUCAUGCAAAUGAAGAGUUUAUUAGCAGCCAUAAUGUGCGUAGGUUUGCCUACCGCUGUGCGUUAGCAUGGAGGGCUGGAGCUCUGGAGCGUUAUACAACCUCAGGUGGGAGGGGAUUCAGUCAUGUGACAUCUGACCUGACCAGAGGAUUUAAAUAAAAAACAUAUCUUUAAUCUC